AUGGAUCGACUUAUGAAAUUCAUCGAGCAGGAAAUUAAUGAAUUAGAAAAACAGAAAACUAACGAAAGCUUGCUAAAUGAUAAUGAAUCAUGCGACUUACUGAAGUUGCUCAAAAUAAAGAGAAUACUUUCAGAUGAAGGUGAACACGAAGCAGAAGACAAAAAAGGACUGAAUAAAUCAAACAAAUUUAUUGAGGUUACUUCUCAUAACAACAGCAAAAAAGAUUGCCAGUGUCUACAGUGGAGGCUACACUAUACCUACAGUGGGGACGAGAACACCGAGACUGGACCCUUCAUCAAUGGAAAUUUUGCGACUGCGACAGUUUUAAUAUCAUUUGGAGCUGUGUUAGGUAAAACUAGUCCUUUACAGUUAGUAACCAUGGCCAUAUUGGAAAUUCCAGUUUUCGCAUGCAAUGAACAGCUGGGUAUACGCAUCUAUAAAGCUGCAGAUAUAGGCGGUUCUAUAUUUUUGCAUACAUUUGGGGCUUAUUUCGGUCUGGCAGUGUCAUAUAUGCUAUAUCGAAAGGAGUUUCUUGGACAGCCUAAGGAGGGCUCUAACUACAAUUCGGAUAUAUUUGCCAUGAUUGGUACUAUAUUCCUUUGGAUGUUCUGGCCUAGUUUCAAUUCCGUUAUGGCUGUUGGAGACGAGCGACACCGAAGUGUUAUCAACACGUACGUUGCUAUGUUAUCUUGCUGUGUCACAACUUUCGCCAUAUCAUCGCUCAUCGAUGGUGAGGGGCGGUUAAAUAUGGUUCAUAUUCAGAAUGCAACUCUAGCUGGAGGUGUAGCAGUUGGUUCGACAGCAAAUAUGAGGAUUCACCCUUUUGGAGCAAUGAUUAUAGGAUCCUUGGCAGCUAUCAUUUCUACUGUUGGCUACAAAGUUUUAACGCCUUAUUUAUCAAAAAAGCUUUACAUCCAUGACACUUGUGGAGUCAAUAAUCUUCAUGGAAUGCCUGGUGUCUUGGCUGGAUUAGUCAGCGCGGUUGUAGCAUCUAUGGCUAGUGAAGCAAACUACGGUGUCAGUUUGUAUCAUCUAUAUCCUGCCCGAUCACCUCUUAUAAAUAGUACAGAUUUAAGUCGGUUACAACUCAUCCUCGGUGGAAUCGAACCAGGUGAUAAUUGGUCGGAAGCAAGUCAGGCAUAUGCUCAGCUUGAAGCGCUGGCCACAACGAUAAGUAUCGCAGUUUCUGGUGGAAUCAUUACAGGUUAUAUCAUUCGCAGUCCGUCGUUUGAUCCUCCAAAGACUCUGCAGUUGUACGAUGACACUGAUUAUUGGGAAGUACCAGAUGAUGACCACGCAUAAAAGACUAUAUUUUGGCAUUAUUUACUUAGCAGUUUCUCAAGAUUAAAAAAAAAAAUUCCCUCAUGCUAAUAAAAUUUGGAGAAUAA